CUCUGCCCACCUCCCGCCCCAAACACAUCGCGACCUCAUAAUGUGAGAGUUUCCCGCUGUCUGCCUGGUGGCCUCUUUUUUCUCUUUUCAUCUUUUGCCACAUUAUACGACAAUCGACGACUACGAGGGAUAUUCAUCUACUCCAGCGACAACGUAAGCUCGAUUACAGCUACGGUCUGCUUUCAGUUUUACAAGACCUCGUCUACGUACUAUAUUUUUACAACGUACCGUUAGACCUCAGGCAAACCAGCAACUACUUUCCAAUUGCAUGCUCCCCGCAUUCCCCCCCCCACGCACAACGCUAUUCUCUUCCCAAUAAAACUCGAGAAAUCACUUCCAAUGCAACACCAGGCCCCCCUCCAAAUCUUCACCAUCACGCAGCUUGAGCUUGGCUCGCCGCUGAUCUGGGAGCCCGCCGUCGGCACCGCCGAGCACGACCGCCUCGUGGACGCCUACAUCCCAGGCCCCGCGAACCUCCAGCAGAAGCGCGCGACCAUCGCCCUUGACUUCUUCGACACGGCCGCUGCCUCCACCAUGCCCGCGCCCUUCUGCCGCACCUACCUCGUCGCGACCAGCACGCCCGAGUUCGCGGCAAAGCCAUACUCCCCCGCAUUCGCGCCUACCACCUCCUUCUCUCCAUCCGCCUACACUACUUCCACGCUAUCCUCAUCCUUCUCCGCCUCCGCGUCUACCUCGUCCUUCUCCGCCUCCGCGUCUACCUCCUCCCAUUCCUCCAAAUCGAGCAAGCGCUCCAUCUCCUCGCUCUCCUCCGCCGCCUCCGCUAGCCCAGCAAAGCGCCUCCCCGGCUUCUCCAUCAUGACCGCCGACGGCGUCGACAUUACCAACAACCAGUCGCGCGGCCCCAAGACCAAGGCACAGCGUGAGCAGGCCGCCAAGAUGCGCAAGCUCGGCGCCUGCCCAGCAUGCAAGCGCAGCAAGCAAAAGUGUGAGCCCUCGCACCACCGCCCGGCGCCGAAGUCCGCCUCGUCGUCGCAGAACGCUAGCUCCGUCAGCUCGCCGUGGCAGAGCAGCGGAUCCGCAUCGACGUCCCCGCGAUCGCGCGCGAGUAUCUCCCCGCAGACCAGCUUCGGGCAGUCGUUCAGCCCGGCGUCGCAGGCUCCGAUAGCCGCAGACAAUUUGGCAUGGAACUUCGCUGCUCCGGCGGGCGACUUGGUGCCUGGCGAUUGGGGAUUCACAUCUGACCAGCUGCUGGCAGAGAACAGCAAUGUCCCGCGACUCUUUCCGUCGGACCUUCUCGAUUUCGAUGCACUGGACGAGGACUUCUUCGCGUCUGCGCCGGCGUCAGCUGACAACUUCUUCCCACAUGUUCAAGACAGGCCGAAUGUUCAACCCCGUGUCUUCGAAGGCGGGGCGUGGUACGAUAACUUCGUGCUGUCGUCGUACUUCAACGGCGGGGAAGCAGAUGCGUCUCUGUCGUCCGCCCCGGCGUCGGUGGGCGAGUCGUCUGCCCGGACCCAGGCGUCGUCGUCAUCGACGUCGCCAUCUGGGCAGUCUGACUCCUCGCACGUCCCUAGCGGGCUGGAACGCGUUCGCGAUCUAAGUCCGACAUCAUCUAGUGAGAUAGGUGGUAGUAGUGAGAGUCCCGAGCUGGAUCUCUUUAGGGAUCGCAGCGUCCAUGCCAGCGACCUCGUUAUCGACGGUACGUUAUGGGACAACUUACAAUCCGACCCCGCUACCCCGACGCUCCAGCGCCAGAGUAGUGAUGGCAUAGUCGACGACCCAUCCGGUAUAUAUCUAGUUCCAUGGGCCGAACCACCGAACACGACGUCCACGACGCCACGCCGCCGCCAGACACGCGUAACAUCGAAACAGAUCCGCGCGCCGACAUCACGAGGCCAUCCGAUUGCGAACGCAGUUCCGUAUACUAGAGACCUGCGCGCCUCCGAUGAAGGUGACAUGCCCCCGUCUCACGCCAUGGCCACGGCCGUGGCUGCUAACCAACACCAACGUUUGGAGUACAUCAAGGUGCUCCGGGACUCACGCAGGGACUUAGUUACGAGUAGUCACAGGCUUCCGUCUGCGUCCGCAUCCUCGGUCCCAUUGGAACGAAACACCCGACUUCACGCCGCCGUUGCGAACUACCUCGUCUCUUCCUCACCGACUGCGUCCGCAUCGUCGGUCCCGUUGGAACGAAACACCCAGCUCCACGCCGCGGUUGCGCCCUACAUCGCCUCCUCCUCACUCUCAACACCAUAUUCUCCUCACGCUGCCGCGUCUGGACUCAGAGAAUCUAGGGAUAGGCACAAGGCGCUCCGGAGGCCAGUGGCGCUGUGCUCAUGCACCGUCCGUACAGCUGUACCUGCGACAGCGCUCUGUGCGUGCUCCACCCCAACAACAACCAUACCCGCGAACCUGGUGGCAUCACGGUCGCGACACAGUACAGGCGUGCUGGCUGGUAUGUUAGAUGGUAUACGAAAGCGUGUGCUAUCAUUCUUUGGGGCGGGGGACGCUGGGGUUGAGGGGUUGGUACGGGGGAUGGGGAGACUCGGGGUGGUAUAGGUAGUGGGAAUGCAAAGAGGGCUAUUUUGUCGUCGUAGAGGACGGGAUGGCAGUGUGCGCUGUGCCGCGGUGGGACUGUAGAUACUAUUACUCGUACCGAGAAUGGACAGCCGUGAGCACGUUAGUUUUUUUACGCCGUGGCUUUUGUGAAAGCGGAAACUUCUUGUCAAUCCAUUUGGAGAAUGUGUUGGGCAUUUUGUUGAACUCUUUGAAACCCAAACUAUGUUGUCGACGGGGUAAACAUCGAGAUGGGAUGUUGGAAUUGACGUUGCAUGAUAAGACGAGACAGGAUUGGUCUCCCAUUCGCACAUCCCUUUUCCCCUUCCAACACACUCGCAACGAUAAAGUUCUUUUAUACUAACGUCACAACAACAUCGCGACCACAACCACAAACCACCAAGACUGUUGCCCUUCCUGUCAUACCCAUCAAGCCUUUUCAUCCCACCCUAACUUACCCUUUUCACGCCCUCAAACUCCCACGAAAUGGUCCCCGCCCCGCCCAUAGCCGCCCCGCUAUAAUGGGUGGAGUGUGCAGCGUCAUGGUAUCAGCGUCCCCACUAUCCCCGGGGUAGUGGGGAGAUAUGGAUUGGUGGGUGGGAGGAACGAUGGAGUCGCUGGUGGAAGUGGAAGUGGAUGGAUCGGGGUCCUGUGGUGCCAGACACACGACACCGUUAAAAACGGGGUCUCUCUUGCUGUCGUAGCUGGCCGAUCACCACGCCGCGUGCUCGAAGGGGGAAGACGGGGGCUUGGCUAUGCUUGCGCUGGGGCGGC